GUACACAGAGAGAGAGCAGAGAAGCUGCCGCUGUGUUCAGAAAAUGGCCGACAGAUUUUCUAGGUUCAACGAAGAGCGUGAUUUCCAGGGUGGGAAUCACUUUGACCAGUAUGAAGAGGGCCAGUUGGAGCUGGAGCAGGCAUCCCUGGACAAGCCCAUCGAAUCGGUAAGGCUACAUCUAUCAUUGGGCACCAUUGGACCAGCUGUGAGAGUGGAUGAGUGGUCCAGGGAGGAAUAAAAACCACACCAUUUUAACUCAGUUUAUUCUGUCCAUGUAGAUGCAUCCAGUGUUUUCUUAAACACUUGUCACCCUAACAUGUAGAAUCACCUGUCCUAUGCCCAUUAAUACCUUUUAAGUCCUCCCCCCUUCCCAUGUCCAUUGCCUACUCCAUUUCCUGUUUGACAGUUAAAUGAUGUAAGAGCUAGAUCUACCUGUUUUUAAAGAGCUUACAGAUAAAUGUUUGAUUUUUAUAUCAGUUUCCCAUUAGUCAUUGUUAGUCAUCUUAGCACUGAGAGAUGACUCUGAAGCAUGGAGUGGAUAAAGCACAGUCAUGAAGGCUUACUUUCUUUAAAUGCUUCAGCUGUUCGUCAAUUUUUCGCCAACCCAGCAGACAUUUCAGAGAUUAUUAUGGCAUGAUUAUAUCCAGAAAACUCGAUAAGUGCAGUUGCUUUUCAGUGGUCAUUACACACACGAUCAUCACACAAAUAACACGGGUCUUAAAAUCCUUUGGGGGUUUAACUACUCAAAAACUGUGAUUUAAGUCUUUUUCAAAGUGGGGUGUCAUCAAAAUAAAACACAAGUUAACAUUUAAUUGUUUUUCAUUGGUUAAGUCUGGUAAUAAAUAGAAAACUGUGCUUAUUCCACUCCGUUUAGCAAACCAAAGAUUGAUAUUAGAUGGUGUGAAUGGCUACAUUCGUGUUUGAGUGAGUGCGUUUUUAUGUAGCUGUAGAAUUUUUGUGUUAGUUAUAGUGUUUGUGCCAAUAGGACAGUUAUCUUAUUGUACACAACUUGGGGUGUUCGACAUUUCUCUCCUGCAGCGAAUUGGCCCCUAUUAGCUAAGCAGCAAUGACCCGGUUUGUAUUUGCACGCUCUGCUUUCUUACUCCUAUCUUUAGGGUCCUUGUAACGCUUCUCUGACUGUCUCUCUUUCUCUCUCUCUCUAUCUGUUUCACUGCUUUCACACUCUACAUCUAUUCUCUCUCUUCCUCUCUCUUGCUCCUUCCCUACUACACAGUGAUUCGGUGUACAGUACCCUCUGUCAUUCUGUGCUGGCAUGGUGCUUGUGCAACUGGGACUGCAUUUUUCGCUGAAGAGGCACAUAAAUAAUAGCGCAGGAAGCUCCCUUCUUUCUGUCUUUCCAUUUCUCUCCAUGCCCCCUUCUGUCUCUGAAGCACUGUGGUGAGCAGGCCCAAACUCCUCUGGUCCACAGUGUUUGGUCACCUCUCGUCAGCCUAAUAGAUGUGCUCUGUGAGUAAAUCACACAGGACCACCAGCCAGGUAGAAAUCAAAUAAUGGGGCAGUUAUACAUUCUUUGUACUUUCUUUAAGCAGAAAUAACCAGCUAUGUAUAUAAACUAACUGAUCCCAUAUCGAAUAUGAGAAGUUUAAGCAUCUGCCCUGCCUUUACACCAAUGAAAAGAGCUGUAACCUAUAUACAUGUUACAAGUCCUCUUUAUAGAUCAGUCUUUGUACAGCAUGAAGAUGUACAGCCCUUACUUAUAAUAUCUAAAACAAAAUCAUGUGUUUUUAAUUUCUAAAAACAUUCUUUCUGCAUGAUGCAGUUAUAUCCCGAACAUGUGGUUUUAAUAGCCAGAGUUGAGUGAACUAAGAGCACUCAAAUUUUAUACCCUGGUUGAGUUUGAUGUAUGACUUACUUGCUCACAAACACAAACGAACAUCCUGCUGUGUGUGGGUGGUGGAGAGGGAGAAAAGAACGGCAGAGAGGUGGCCUGUUCACCUGGCUUGAGUGGCUCUUUUGCUCCUGCGCUAUUAUUUGUGGAGGGGCACUGAGGGCCAUGCUGCAGCAUCACACAGUUCUUCACACAUCAUUGUUAAAAUCUGCACCAUCAGAGAAGCUCUAGACUCUCACUUAGUCACCAUUUAUUCUAAUAUUUGCACAUCUGAAUUUUCCCUGUGGAAACAGAAAAGUGUGAGACUUUAAAUUUUAGGCUUCCAGUUUACUGCAGAGGUUGGCAACUUAUUGAAUCUUUUAAGAACUUGUUGAGUUUAGUUUACUUUUAAAUAAGUUAUUUUUGGUUUUCAAUGUGAAAUAUUCCAUCAUAAUAACCAAACAAGUAAUAGCAAUAGAAUUUAAGCAAUACUUUUCCCUAGACUUGCAGAAACAACCUACAGCACACUUUAUCGCUACUAAGUCAAAUGUUAAAACACACCAACUUACACACAUUAUAUGAUUUCAUUGUGAGUCAUUCAGGUCUGUCCAUGUCGGAGCUGUCUGUGAAUGCUUCAGCCCAGCUUCUCUGAGCCCCUCCCCCGCCACUUAUUGUGUGUGAUCUUUAGGCAGCUAGAGGUCUGUGGUACUUUAUUGGGAUCUUUUUUCUCUUUCUGUCUUUCCCCUUUUGGUCUUUGCUCUUUUUCUCUAACAUUGUUUUUGCAUUGCAUGUGUUAACUUGGUAGCAUUCAGUACUAUUUUCUCUCAACACUAUGUCCUAAUCACUACUACAGUUUUCCCCCAGACUCAUUCCUCCCACAUCUCCUACCCCUCCCAGUCCCUCCACCCUCUCCUCCUCCUCCUUACCUGACCCUGUCCCUGAGCGAUAUGCAGCGGGCAGCCUCAGAACCACAGUAACCACACAAAACCACUGGAGAGUUGAGAAGCACACAUGUGAGGGCCAAAUAUUAGUUUUCUUGGCAAAAAGUUUGUGUAUUUCCUCAUCACCAAAGCAUUAGAUGUAACUUAUUAUCUCUGAUACGGUUUGUUAGAUCAAUUGACCUAAUUAUAGUGUAGCCAUUUACAUUUCAGCUUCUUGUCAAAGGUAAGCAUUAGGCUUAUGAGAACUCUUUGUUGGGAAGAAGAACACAAAGACAGGGUUAAACCUGAUCCAUUUCAGACCAUUUGUCUAAUAUUUGCAAGAAUCAUGUUUUUAUACUUAUUUUGGAGACCCUGGGAUUUUUUUCACAUCAGUCAUGGUGUAAGAGUUCAGAUGAAUUAAAAAGUAACACCUGUUUAAAUUAGUUUGAUCAACUUACUUAAAAGUUGUCAGGCACAACAGUAGCACUACUUGCCUCUAGCCAGUCCCAAUUAAGGGCUUGCAUUUGUUAAGAAGCAUCGGAGAAGCCUUUAGAAUGCAGUGUCAUUAACCUAACUACACUUUGAUAAACUUCCAGUUGAUGAAUUGACUUCACAGUGAUGAGGUAAGUAUGUAUAUUUAAUUAUUAUAUUCAAAAGUCCACCUUGAUUGGACUCUGAUUCUCUUUCAUUUCCUCCAUCACCUAGCAAAUGAAAUAUUUAACGCACUGAUGAUAGCCUGAUACAUCUGCACUGUUUAAUUUUUUAGCACCAAAACUGUUGUUUUGAUUCAGGCACACCUGCUAUGGUUUAGGCCAACCAAGAAUGUGCAGAGCAGCAAACACAAGGGAGCUGUAAGAGUUUACGAGGGGCAGCAGCCAGCAGGCUACGUCCACCUGCAGCAUUUGCCAGAUCCCAUUCUUCAGAGACACGAGAGGGAAUGACGAAUAGCUGCUGCAGCCAAAAUUUUGCAAGAGAGGGCCUGUGCCAGUUUUCAAAUGGCAGAAUCUCUGAUCUGUUGUUGAGAUCUGUUGUGUAUGAUGAGAAAAGGUUUGGGUUAAUCUAGCUUUCUUAACUUAAUGUGCUUGAUAUCUUAGCCAGUGCAGUCUCUUAUCCCUGUACAGGGACACACAAAUUCACCUGCAGUUAACAAGAAGCAAAAAGAUUCCUACACUCUCUGAGGUCUCUAGGCGAGGUCCCCUGCAUAUCACUUCCUCGACUCAGUUCUCUCUCCAUGCACUGUGUCGAUGACCGCACAGUGCACACUUAUAAAACCACACCUCCUGUAGAUAUCUUUUGUUUGGUUAACAUUUUUUGUUUUACUUUCUACUGUAUUAACAGUCAGUUGGUGGAUUUAUUGAUAUACCUACCUUUUGUGUUUGUGUAUAGUAUUAUGUUUGUUUAAAAGAAGAGAGAGAUUUGCAUUUUUAAGAACUAGAGAAGCAAGAAGAAUUGCAGUUGAAAGCGUUUGGCCGGUUUCUUACGUUGUGUCACGUGUGACUGUUUCUUUGACAGCCCAGUAUUUUAAAGCCAGGUUCGUAUGGAAAUGCCUUCACUCCACUUGCACUGCUGUUGGACUCGCCGUCGUUGCUUUCAUCCGUCUGUCUGUCUAUUCUUUUGGUGCACUUCUUCGCUGUUCAACACGCAGUCUGCGCUUCAUCUCCACCCUCUAACCUUUGCUGAGCCCAUCCAACUUAUCUCUUUUUUUAGUCACCAGAUGCAACUGGUGCCUCAUCCAACCUGCCCUUCUUGUUGUUACUGUUUUCAAAUCUCAGUGAGAUAAUAAAAGGAAUGACUGGAUUGUAAGAACAAGUGUACAAAGGUUUGUUAGGCUCCUCAUGGUUAGAUUUUUCUGACUUCUAGUACAAAAAAAUAGUCAUAUCAGCUUUCAAAUAGUGAAGAUGCUGAGCAGGAGUAUUUGUUAUGCAACUACAGCAUGAGCAUUUUAUUUCCCUCCUUCCUCUAAGCUUGAGUGGAUCAGAUAGUCUCCCAGAUCAAUAUAAAUGAUCAUGUGUACAGUGUUGCUGCACCAUAAUACUGCAGUGAGGGACAGAAGCAGACCCAAUGUCGACUGGAGGGGAGGUGUUCACUGCAGCAAUCUCUGCAGUGUUUUCUUACACAGUGAAGUCAGGGGAUGUGUUGCCCACCAGGGAGGAGGCAACUCACACUAUCAGCCAAACAGCUUCAAUAUCUAUGUGCCUUUAUGUCCACAACUGCUGAGCAGGGACAUCUUACACAGUUUGAGAGCAUUUCAGCAUAGCUCUUUUUAUCAUAACUGUGAUAGAGGCGGGCUGGCUGUUUGGCCCAGCGCAGAUUCCUCUCUUAUCUCAUUCCACAGUGGAUGGGAUCUGACCAUCACACAGAGUAAGCACAUCCAUGAGGCAGGAGCAGUCCAGCCUCUCUCUUGGGGCUGAAACACUAAUAUCAAACAGAUGUUUCAGAUAUAUUUGUUAUUCCAGUCAUCUUGGGGGUAAAGCUUCAGUACUAAAUGGGGCAAAGAAAGGCAUCAGUUUGUUCUGGAAUAUUACACAAUACCACAUGAGUUAACAAAAGGAUUAUACCAAAUUAAUUUUUUUAGACCUUGUGGGCGGAGAUGCAGUGUGUGCUGCGUGUAUGACUACCACUCCCCUUCACAAGCACUAACCCAUACAAGCCCAGCUCACCUCCACCCCCCUCCCCAGAAUCAUACCCCCACCAUGGCUCAGCCUGCUCUGUCCCAACCUCCUCUUUUGUCAAAGAGAACUAAUUGAGCCCUGUUGAGCCAUCACCCUCCACUCUGCCUGGUCCACCCGAGACUAACACACAUGGAGUUCUGUUCACCUGCCCUAUACCCACAGCCAUCCCUCCCUCUGUAUGUGUACCAUUCACUGUGCACUACUAACACCGACGAUCCUUUUUGUUAAAAGCCUUUAACAAAAAGCUGCAUGCUGUUUUGUUCCAACCCCUUCACUUUCUGUUUGUGAAAGUUGAUGUCAAUCUCUUUGUGAUUAUAAAUAUCCUUUUGUUUGGUUUGUAUGUUUUUUUGGUAGAAUGCAGCACUCUGGUGAAUGUUAGACAAGCUUGGAAUAGUUAUAAUCACAACAAAAAACACUGCUUAUUAAGAGAUCUCAUUGUUUCCUGUUUAUUUGUGCUUGAAGAUGUACUGUAGUGUGUAGUGGUGGGACGGUCUUGCAUUUCACUCAAUGUUUUUAUUUUCCUGCUGACUCAUACUAGUGAUAUAACGGUCUCAGACACAUGCACAUUUGGCCUCAGAGUUUACUAGGAAUUCCUAUUGUGUAUGUUUUCGCUCUCCUUCACCACCUCUUUGAAUUUUAUCAGUUGCUUUAUCCUGUCUGCAAAAACUCUCGAUAUAGUUUUGUUAGUUUUUGUCAAAGCAGUCACUUGUAUUAAGGUAAAGCAUUAUUUAGAGUGUUACCUGAUGCACUGACAUCCUUUUGGAGUCCAUUAUAAAACAUGGGCUUGAGCUGUUUCUUACACAUUUAAUUCUGCAGGCUAAAAUCUACCAUACCACUUUCCAAAUGCAGUUAAGUUUUGGUAAUAAUGAUGACUUUACAGAUGAUCAAACUGCAUGUGUAUCUUGGUAGUUAUAUUUCUAUCCUAUAAUCGUAUACAUAGGACGUCUUAUACAGCUGCAAACAUGGCUGGGGCCAAACCAUUGAUACCAGAGGUGCUUGAGGUGUACGAAGACAUACACAAAAUCUAUUUCUGGAAUCCAUCGGGGCCACAUGCACACACUGUCUCCCCCUGUUCACCUGCACACCCACAUCCCCCCUCACACGUGCAUAUUCUGUCCACCCUGGGCCUUGUAAUGGUAAUCCAAGGCCCACUAGCUCCACUUCUAUCUCUACCUCUUGCUAAUUUUUUUGUGACAGCUGCAUACGUUUCAUGGUGCUCCCCUUGUCAUGGUUACAGAAUCACAGCAAGCUUGGAGUUUUCUGGUCUGUUUUGUUAAUGCAAGAUUUCCAUACCUGUUUUGUGUCACUUUUCUUUGUGUACUAAGAUCUUGCUCCACAGUGGUUCAUAUAUGUAUGCGUGAGAUACAUAUAUUGCCCUCUCCUUCCUCCUCCUUCUAACACCUCAGUUAGUGGAUGUGACUUGAUGUGUUUUCUUUAACUUAAAAACAACAGAUAUUGCAGCCCAAUUUAAUCGCCUUUUAAAAAGGUUUUCAAACUUCACUCUUACUGUAGCUGGGUGUCCUGUACUUUACAGGCUACACAUAGCCUCAUGCAUCUUAGUGGAAACUGUCCCUGCUCUCAGUCUCCUACCCUCUAUCCCCCUUCUCCUCUUGCCCCAAAUUUCCCUUCCUGCUCCUUGUGCUGGAAGACACUGAUGUUACACGCUGUAGGUGAUAUGGAUGACAAUAAUGAUGAUGGUGAUGGUAGUGGUGGUUGUGCUGAUGAUGAUAGCGUGAUCUGAGUGUGAACAUUAAUUUAUUUGUUUGUUUGUUUUGAUCAGUGCCCACAGGAAAAAAAGCUUCUCUUAUUAUUGGAAUAUUUUUGGUUUUUUUCUCCUCUCUCCUUUCUGCUAGGAUAACAUCGGGCACCGGCUGCUUCAGAAACAUGGCUGGAAGUUGGGGCAAGGCCUUGGCAAAACCAUGCAGGGUAAGGUUUGUUGGACCCCCUCUGUAUGUCAGUAUGUGUGUGUGUGUGGGUGUGUUUUCUUUCUCCCACUCUGCAGUUGACCUCAUUGUAACACCCCUUUUACAGUGAAAUGUAGGCUAAUGGCCUCUGUCAGCUUCCUUCUCUUUGCUUCAUAAUCACUAAACCUUUAUUGUAAUCUGCACAAGAGUAAAGUGCUUCGAUUGAACAAUGAACAAAAAAUCCAUUUGAAAUCAAGAUAGACUUAGGAAGCCAUGAUUCCAUCACAUCCCUUAGAAUCAUCUUCUCAACGUAUGUUAGAUUUUUUUUCUCCUCUUUGAGUUUCCUUUGCUGCUGUCGGGUAUCUGAUUGGCUGUAACCACGGCUCAGACUUUGAAUGGCUUGCAGAGUAGAGAAGUUUUUCCCCCCUCUGCUUGUUUGCCUGUUUCUACCUCCAAACCUGUGAAAAUUGUGAAUGUGUGUGGUCAUUAUGUGGGACUGAGACGUGUGUCUGAGCGUGUCUGUUACUGACCGGGCCAUAGAGUCAACUUACAGGGAAAACCUCACCACCCUUCGACACCCUGAAUGUCUCUGUCCCCAUGGUCACACGCUCCCGUCCUCCCCCUGUUUCUUUGCCCCUCCUGCACAGCAUGUUUGUCCCAGCGGUGCACUCCUGCCUGCCUUAAACUGUCACACUCACCUGGGGCUUUAAGCAGUGUUGGAGGUUGCACAUUCAGCUAUUACUUUCACAUGAUAGAGUGAAAUGUAACACUGCAGCUGCUCACAUUUUUAAGUGUACUUUGGUAAAACUGCUGCUCCACAGUGAUGCAGACCCUGCUCUAAGCACUGCUCAAAGCCUUGCUGGCUCUUUCCUCAGGUACAUUUUAUGUUUGUCAUGUGUUUAUGUGUUUCGGGGUAAAGCACAUCCCAAAACAAUUACGCUAUCUGUAAGCUAGCUAAGAAAUGGAAGACUAUCGGGGAGAUUUACUAACUGGGCUGACAAGCAUCUCUGAGGCAAAAAGUUCAAAGGGGGAAAAUGGUGGUUGUCCCUAGAGUCAUCGGAUAACAUUUUUGAUCACUUUAAAAAGCAAAGCAAAAUUUCAUUUACCUGUACCAGACAUUAUCAACGAGUCUACUUUUGAUCCCUGACUUUUAAAACCUCUCCUCCUAUGCAUUGCACCUGAAAAAGUAGUGAGCUUUCCAAUUUUUCCUGCUUGGCAAAGUUGUAAAGUAAAAUUCGUAGGGAUAUAGGACUUCUGGCGUGCUUUAUAUGGGGCGGUAGUUUGGUAUCUAUGGGGAACAUUCUGGUUGAGAGCAAGAUGACGCCAGGCUAGGGGCCAGGGGACGGGGACGCAUGGUUGGGAGAAAGUGGUGAGAGGAGAUCCCUGUAAGCACCUAGCCCUGAGUGAAGGGAUGAGGGGGGUGGGGGGGUGAUACACUGAUGCCCCUCUGGUAUUAAACCCCUCUAAACCCCACAGCCUCACUCCCGACCCCACCCUCCCUUCUCUAUGUGCCUCAAUCUUCCUGCUUAACCAAUUGGUGUUUCUUUUUUACAGCGAUUUGAUCCUGCCCAUGUUGUGCUGAUGGUAAACUUAGUGGUAAAUGAUAUUUUAUCCCCCAAUUGAAUUUUGUUUUGUUUUGUUUUAAUUUCUCCCAUUUUUUGUUUUCCUCUCAUCAGAGCACCAAUGCUACAUAGGCUUUCAAUUCUCUCUGUAUUAGUCCUCAUUCUGCUGCUUGUAUUUUAUCAUGCAUAUGUAUUACUCUUAGAACAUUGUCAUUUUGUUUGUUUUCAGUUUUUUUAAACCUUGUGAUUCACACCUUGUGAUUUAGACACGCAUUGUUUUUGUCUGGUCCCUUUCUUUUCCACUGGAAUGGGUAAUGUGGAAGUAUUGUCACUGUGUUCAAAGAUUGGUGAUAGUUUGGGAUGACUGUAAUUGUUCUUUAAUCUUUAAUUCUGGGCCUGGCUUGUGACUUCAUUCAGACUGACCACUGCAGUGGCUGGCUAACACACCAACAUUUCUCUGGUUUCACUUCUCUACCAGUGUUGGGCAAAGAGCGUGGACACAUAUCUAUCAGUAGAGUCUUGUGAUCCAGAUAUUACACAGUCCUUUCCUCUUAUUUUUCGGGGGAAUAAGGAGGCCAUAGUUAUACAAACAGUUUAAGGUCUUCAGUUCAGAACUCAUCAAGCUGCCUGACACUGCAGUGGUACAUCGAGUCCAAGCAGGCCAAUAUUUUACAAUGCCCAUGCAUUAAUGAUUUCAGAAUUAAUAUGUCAUUGGGCUGUGAUGACUAAAUUACUCAGGUAUGACAUAUUUAUUUACACCUGGUCAAGUUCUUACCAUGCUCUGUUCAUAAAGAUAAGAAUGUGCGUGGAAGUAGUUCAUUUAUAGUGGUAAUUUACCCAAUUAUUAGCACAUAAAACACAUUGACUCAAGGUCAAUUUACAUGCUAAAAGAAAGUGAAAAAUUAGGCAUGGCACUAUGCUUGUUAUUUUUCUCUCUGCUAGAGAAAAAUCUUCAUUUAGAGGCCAAUUUAUAAGUAAAACCACCAUAUUUAUCAGACAAUUCUAAUUAAAUCAAGCACAAUGCUCAUAGUUAUUCCAUAUGCCCAAUGGUAUACACAGAAAAUUGAUUCAUGAAAAGAUAAAAAUAUGUGGGAGGAAAAAAACUGAAACCAAACUGAAUUGAUAAUCACUAUCAGUAAGAUUGAUUAUUGUAUCUGGCUGGCAACAGGAGCAGCAGACUAGUCCAAAUUCUUUUUAUGCCUUCUGUGUUGAGAUUCCCCUGUCUAUCUGUCUGUCUGUCCUCCCCUUCCCUUUCCUUCUACCCAUACCCAUGUUUUACCAGGUAAGUAUUCCCCAUCCCUUGCACUGUCACCAUGGCGAUACCUGGCCUGUGACGUCACUCUGCUGUAGUUCAGUGCUUGUGUCCUUUUUUUAAUUUUUACUCUGUCUUUCUCUCUGCUUUGUUUGGCUGAUUAUGAGUGGAUUAAGCAACUCUGUGUCAAUCUCCAAAAUAGUUUUGAUUUUUUAUAUAUUAUAUAUAUUUAACUUUUCAUUCUGGUUUUUGUUUUAUUUCUUUUUGUUGUCUUUGGUUUGUUUAUUUUUCUACAGUUAAUUUCCUUCUGAUCUAGCUCUUUUCACAGCUUACGUAACAUAUUAUAAGCAGACAGGAGGAAGUAAUCUUCCUUUUGCAGUCAGUCAGGGGGCCAGGGACAAGGGAACAAAUUUAAACUCGUGACAGAAAAGGGGGCUUGCGAGGGUCAACCAGCCUGCAGACAUUUCAGAAAGAGAUGAUGCACUAGGCUUGAGAUUAUUGGGAGGCUUUGUUACUUUCAUAGAGGAUGUCGCAGUGGCAGCAGCUGCGCAGGCCCGCUGCCUCUCCUUUACAGACACACACAGUCCCUGGGGCUUUAGUGUCCUUGAUAGACCUGGCAUUCUGGUUGAAUAGGACUGCAGCAAUACCCAGGUGAGGAGGGGCAGUGGGUGGCGCUACACAGAACAAAUAUAGGGACAGAUUGGCUUGGAGCUGAAGGCCUUGUUUCAACUAAACUCUUAUCUUUUUUUAUAAGGAAAUAGAACUCCAAACCCUGAUGCCUUUUAUUUGUAACUGGCAUUAGCAGAGAUUUUCACUAAUUCAAAAUGCAUCUCCGCAGCCGCGUCAAAUGUCAUAGAAAGGUUAGAUAAAGUGAUCAGUGCUUGAUGGCUGCAGUAAGCUGUGAGAAUGGCUGGUGUUUGGUUCACUGUAGCUUUCUGGUCUCUUUGCACUUCAAGGCAAAAAUUCUCUAACCCCAGCACCCUAUGCUCUAAAAGCAGGCUGUCUCCGAGCUGGCCCUCCGUCCCAGUAUCAAACACUCACCAGUCCUCUCUCUGUCCCUUUACCCCAGGACGCACCGACCCUGUUCCCAUCGUCCUCAAGUAUGAUGUCAUGGGGAUGGGACGCAUGGAGAUGGAGUUGGAUUAUGCAGAAGAUGCCACAGAGAAGAGAAGAGUGCUGGAAGUGGAGAAAGAGGACACAGAAGAACUACGGCAGAAGUACAAGGAUCAGGUGGAAAAGGAGAAAGCUAUCGCAAAGGCUCUUGAAGACCUGAGAGCCAAUUUCUACUGUGAGCUCUGUGAUAAACAGUACACAAAACACCAGGAGUUUGACAACCAUAUUAACUCCUAUGACCAUGCUCACAAGCAGAGGCUGAAAGAACUCAAGCAAAGAGAGUUUGCCCGCAAUGUGUCAUCCCGUUCUCGGAAAGGUGGCAAGAAACAAGAAAAGAUGCUGCGGCGAUUGCAUGAGCUUGCUGAGCAGAGGAAACAACAGGAUCGCACUCUAGGAAGUGGACCCAUGUUCAAAACCACCACAGUCGCUGUAGAUGGAGAAAAGGCAGAAGACAGUGAUAACACAACACCUGAGAACCCUGCUUUUACAGACGGUGUCCUGGAAGGAUCACUGGCUGAUAGAAGUGAGCAGUCCUCUCCAAAGCCGGCACCAACCAUCAGCUUCUCUUUGGGAAAGAACAGCGCAUCCUCUCCUACCUCCAGUGUUUCAUCAAAAGUUAGCGUGUCCUUCUCUUUUGCUAAGAAAGCUCCUGUGAAGCUGGAGACAGCAGCAGCUGUGUUUGCUGAUCAUGGAGAAGAGGCUAUGGAAGAAGAGGAGGGUCAAGAAGGAGAAAAGGCUGCAAGUCAGGAGGAGGCAUCUGCCUGCAGCACAGAUAGCCCUAAAGGAGGAUCAGGAGGAGGGGAAGGAGGAGGAGAGGUUAGCAGUGUUGCAACUACAGAAGAGGUGCAGCAGGCUGAUGAUGGAGGCUCUUUAGCCUCUACCCUCAAUAAACUGAAGAUGAUGAUGAAGAAAGAGGAAGGAUAUGCUGGACAAGAGCCUCAGUACUAUCAUUACAUACCUCCAGCCCACUGCCGGGUUAAGCCUCAUUUUCAGUUUCUACUUUUUAUGAAGGCAACAGAACAGUGUCAGAGCAAAGAAGAAGAAGAGGAAGAGGGUACACAGGAGAAAAAGGAGGAAGACUGUGUAGAAGAGGUGGCUUCAAAUGCUACUGAGGGUGAGGCUGAGUGUAAGGAUGAAAAGGAACAAGAUAAUGUCACCUCAAAUCCUGAUCCAGAGCCAGCUCCUUCAUCUCCUAAAGAGAAGACUGAAGAUUUGCCCUCAUCUGCAGUAGAUACAGCCUCCACUGAACCUGCCUCCCCUGCACAAAAAGCAGAGAGCACAAAGGAUACUGAGGCAUCAAACUCUGGUCCCAAAAUCCCCACUGGUCCCUUCUUCCCAGUUUUGAGCAAAGAUGAGAGCACCACCCUGCAGUGGCCCUCUGAGCUCCUGGAAUUCACAAAAGCGCAACCUUCCCUGUCUUACAGCUGCAAUCCCCUCUAUUUUGAUUUCAAACUGUCCCGCAACAAAGGAGUGCGAGGUGGGAAAGCAGCAAAGUCCCCUAAGCCAUCUGAAGAAUCAGAGGACAAAGGCCAAGAGAUGGCUGGCUCAAAAACUGAAGUAGAUUCAACCAAACCUGGGACCAGCACUGACAAAGACAAUCCAACAAUGAAGGCAGAGCCUGGCCAAGCGGAAGGCGAUGAGCAAAAACCUGCAACAGGCAGCACUAAUGCAAAGAAGAAGAAGAAAAAGAAGAAACAUAAGAAGUCAGCAAAGCACUCAAAACGCAAAGGCAAAGAAAAAGGGGCAAAGGAGGGAGCUGAAGGUGACACUGAGGCAACGCAAGAGAAGCCAAAAAAGAAGAAAAAACACAAACGGAAGAAGAGCAAAAACAAGGCACCAGAUCAAGAUGAGGCAGCAGCUGAUGUAAAGGAAAAAUCAAAACCAAAGUCAGAGGAUAAAGCUGCUGCCACCUCCUCCUCUGUUCAGCCGACACCUGGAGGGGGAGGGUCUGCAGAUAGUACAGGUGCAGAACCAGGAAAGAGGAAACGUUCUUUAAAGGAAGUGCCUUGCAAGUCUGGAGCUGAUGAAGGAGGAACGAGUAAAGGCACUGAGAAGGUCAACUCCUCAGAGGAGCACAGCAGUACCAAGAGGCAAAAGACGGACUCCAGUGCACCUCAAAGUGCCUCCUGCUCCACCUCAGCCCACAAGAGUCCUGGUCCUGGUAGACCUCCCAGCAGUGAAAGUGAAGAGGAGGGGGGCUCUAACACUCAGCGCUCGCGUCAUCAUAGGUCAAGUCCUCGGGAACAACGCCGCCACCACAGUGAGGAGUCAGGGCGGUCCUGCAGCCGUUCCUCAAGACGCGGAGAAAGACGGGGUAGCAGUCGCGGGCGCCACCGUGGCCAAAACUCACGCAGUCACUCUUACUCUAGCAGCUCUGAGCGCUCCUCAGCAGGCAGCAGUGCCUACAGCCAUCGCAGCCGCAGCUACUCUGACAGCUACAGUGACUACAGCACAGAGGGGCGGAGACGGAGGCACUCCAAACACUCAUCAGACUCUGAGUACGAGAGAAGGGGGAGUCGGGGACGUAGACGAUCAAGGAGACACAAGUACUCCUCCUCUUCAUCAGAAGACUCCCGCUCACGUUCACGAAGCUACAGCCGCAGAAAGAGGCACCGCCGGCAUCACCGCAGCAGUUCAAGAAGCUCCAGCAGCUGGAGCCGCAGCACCAGCGCUCGAUCCUGGAGGCGCAGUUACAGUCGGAGCCACAGCUCAGGCAGCCGCUCCUCCAGCUCCACCAAAGGCUCCCCACGACGACGAGGUCCCAGAGGUCGAGCAGACAGUGACACACACCGAAGAGACUUCAACCGAUCCCAUAUCUACCGUUCCCAGUCCCCACGCUCCUCUUCAUCACGAGGCCUUAACCGCAACACACAUUCAUCCAGCUCACAAGGUCUGAGGCCAGGAGGGUCCAGGGAUGCAGGGGAACAGAAAAACAGCCUCACUGCUCGCCAGCUGCUGGAGAAGGUUCAGUCUAAGAAAAGCUCUGAUGAUUCUGCCACAGGAACAAAAUCUGGGCUAAAGAUUAAAGACCCACCGCAGGGUUACUUUGGUCCGAAACUCCCCCCAACCCUGGGAAGCAAAGCAAUGCUGCCGUUAUUUGGUAAGCUGCAGGCAGGGAAGAAGCCAGUGAUUCCCCUCACCAGACCAGAUGAAGGAGAGAAAUCAGGAGCAGGGAAGAGUUCUGAGGCUGAGCAAGAGAUCAUCCUAGUGGAACCCAUCAGAGAGUUCCCCCCUCCACCACCCCCUCCAGCCCCACCUGUUCAGAAGGUGGAGGAAGCCCCACAGACCACAGCUGUGCAAGAGGAAACUCAGCACCCCACUUCAGAAGCCCAGGUGCUGCAAGAACCCCGACCACUAUUUGAACAGGAGCCUUCAAUGAUUAUGCCCCAGUACCAAGGAGAACCUGGACAAGACCCCUCUCAGAACCCCAUGAUGGAGUCCCUCAUGCCAGAAAUGCAACAGCAGCAGCCACCAAUGCAUGCCUACCCUGGUUACCCACCACCCAGCCUGGAAGAGGAUGGCAUGGAGGCAGAGGAAGAUGGACUGGCUCCUUUGGAGAGUCAGCCUAUCACGUUCACUCCAGAGGAGAUGGAGAAGUACAGCAAGCUGCAGCAGGCUGCACAGCAACACAUCCAGCAGCAGCUUUUGGCCAAGCAGGUCAAGACGUUUCCCUCUGCUGCAGCUGCUGCAGCUGCUGCAGCUGCUGCUGCAAACUUGGCCCCUGCCCCCCCUCCACCUGCCCUGCAGCAAAUCCACAUCCAGCAGCCCACUGUGUCUGUGGCCUCAGGCACAUCUAUUACCACAGUGCAACAUGCAAUCUUACAGCAUCAUGCUGCCACUGCUGCUGCCAUGGGCAUCCACCCUGCUCACCCCCACCACCCACACCCUGCACAUGCACAACUGGCCCAGGUACACCACAUUCCCCAACACCACCUUACCCCUAUCUCCCUGUCUCCUUUGGGUCACUCCCUUGGUCAUUCUCUGGGACACUCACUUGGACAUGCAGGGCUGAUACCUGCCCACCCGACAGCCUUCCUCUCCGGUCAGCCCAUACACAUUAUCCCAGCUUCAGCACUUCACCACACCCCCCUUGCUCUGCAUCAUGUACCCCACACUGCCCUGUACCCCACACUCUUUACACCCAGGCCCUCACAAGCUGCUGCAGCAGCAGCCCUACAACUUCAUCCGCUGCUACACCCGAUCUUCUCAGGGCAGGACCUCCAGCACCCACCUAACCAUGGCUCUUGAGUAACAUUGCAAGUGAAGGAGAGUAGUCACAACACCCAGUCACUGGAAGAAUGACUUUUCUAUGACUAUCUUGGUCUGAAGGUAAAGUCAUUGCGACAUCACAGAGGCCGUGAGACAGGAAGCUGUCAAUAAACCACCGUGUUACUGGACUAUACAGAGCAGCGAGUUGUAGCCACAAAGUGGUGCUGCCUGUGGUGGGACAAAAUUGACACCAUUUUUUUUCUGACUCUUUUUUUUUUCUGUAUUUGACCCUGAUUUUGAAACAGGGUGUAUAUUGAAAGACACUUCCUCAAGAAACUGGUUUAUUCCUGCUUGAGGUUUAUUAACACCAACCAUUUGUUUUUUAUCAAGUCAGAGAAACCACUGGAUUUCCUUUUUCAUGUAAAAAUAUUAGUGUUGCUCUUUUUGUCAGCCAAAAAGAAGUGAUAUGAUUGAGUCUAUAAGCAGGAUCAUGUUACGAUUAAGUGAUUUUGUUGUUGAGAUGAACUGCUUGGAGUCUGUUACCUUCGGAGAUGGACAAUUUCAUAAUAAUUGAUACUCUUGUUAUCCUUCUCAUAUGACUACUUACUUUAUUGGACUCAUGGUCUAAAAUAAUUUGAAAUGCAGUAACUUGUACAUAUAUCAGUGUGUAAUGUGAAGAAUCCCUCCAAUGGUGACCAUUGAAAACUACAGCUAUGGUGUUCAAACUUGUACAACAUUGUCACAUAGGAUUUACCAUCCCUGAUGCUCUGAGGCAAAGUUCAUGUUCCCUGUGGUGAAGGGACACCUGAAUGAAUUGCACUGAAAUAUGUACAUGGAAGUAGUGUGUGUGCAUCCUAUAACAAUAAGAUUGUAGUAUACUGCAAUAAUUGUAUUUUUCUGUUUUUAAAUUAUUUUCUAAAAUGCUCUUGAACAUAAGAGAUGUUUUUUUGCUUUUGUGUAAUUUUGUAAAUAAAACUGCUGUAGAUUAACCUA